UUUAGGCUAAGGAAGUUCUUGAGGACCUUAGUGAGAAGAUUGUUGCCAGGAUUAAAAAAGACUAUGGGAAGGAUGAGAGCCUGACUUCACUAUGGAAUGGCACCAUGGAACAGUUCAAGUGCUGUGGAUACCGCAAUUACACAGACUUCGAUGGAUCCCCUUUUCAAGAGAACUCAACUAACUCUAUGUACCCACCAACAUGUUGUAGUACAACUGAAACCUGUGCAGUUGCUGCUGCUAAAACUUCGAAUGUCAUUGGCUGCUUUACCAUGUUGCUGAACCUGAUCGAGGACAACGCUGUCAUCAUUGGAGCUGUUGGACUGGGCAUCGCUGCUCUUGAGAUUGCUGCCAUGGUGGUGUCAAUGGUUCUCUACCAACAGAUUGGUAACAAGUAGCACUGAGGACCCCGACAUCCAGGACCAUCCAUGACCACGCCUGUUAAAUCAUCAUCAUCAUCAUGACAUCUUCAGUCGACAUGUUUAAUUUCAAACACCAAAGAUUAUUAAAAUAUUUCAAUUAUAAAAUAAAAAUGAGAGAGGAAGGAGCGUUGUUCAAAACCCUGUUGUGAAUCGAUCACCUCCAUGGUAUAUCAACAAUAUCUGUGCACAUAUACUGUAUAGGGCCUACUGUAUGCAUUCAGUACUUAUUUAUGUGUACAUUAGAUUCCUUUGUCUCUAUCCUUAUUUGUUUCUUGCUCAAGUUGAAGACUUUACAUGAAUGCAUGAUGUUUUGUGUUGAGAAGGUGAUUGCUUUACACUUGCUCUAACUGGCAAGACUUUUUUUUGUUAUUAUUUCAACUGUCUUGAAUGGAUAUACAGUGUCUCUUUUUGUACAUAUAAAUAUUGAAGUUUAGAAAUGACCACAUUCAA